ACUGCGGUGACAGGCAUUAGCAAGUGCGGGCCAACAAUACGUUAGGAAUGGUUGUGUUUACUUUAACCAUCAUUCGGCAUGGGGAAACAAGAUACAACAAAGAGAAGAUUCUUCAAGGACAGGGUAUAGAUGAGCCCCUUUCUGAGACAGGCUUCAAACAAGCAAAUGCUGCUGGUAUCUUUCUGAGUAAUGUCAGAUUUACUCAUGUCUUCGCAAGCGAUCUGAUUCGGGCAAAACAGACUGUAGCCUCAAUUCUUAGCAAGAGCCAUUUCUGCAAAGAGGCUGCUGUAAAAUAUGAUGCAAGACUUCGAGAACGGAAAUAUGGAGUGGCAGAAGGGAAGCCUCUGAGUGAUCUCAAGUUUAUGGCUAAAGUUUCUGGAGAACAGUGCCCCUAUUUUACACCUGCUGGAGGUGAAACAUUAGAUGAAAUAAAGGCACGUGGCAAGGAUUUUUUUGAAUAUCUUUGUUAUCUUGUUGCUCAUGAAGCAUGUCUGGAAAAGCAAACUUGUCCAGUGGCAGAAGAAAGCUGUUUUACCUCAUUAACAAACUACAGGGAUGGACUGGAAGACCACGCUGAUUCUGAUGGAACUGCUGAAAUGCUGGAUGCAAGCAUACUCGUUGUGAGCCAUGGGGCAUUUAUGAGAAGUUGGAUUGACUAUCUCGUUUCAGACCUGGGAUGCACUUUACCAAGCACUUUGACAAAGACUGAACUGUUUUCUGUGAGUCCAAAUACUGGAAUUAGUCGAUUCAUUAUAAAGCUGGACAUGAGAGAGGGCAUUAAACCUAGAAUUCACUGCAUUUAUCUUAAUAGGGUUGAUCAUUUACAUGACAAAACAGCUGACCGUAUCUAGAUCAUUAUCUUUGUUUUGGUAUGUAUGAGAAAGUGUAAAAAAACUUGAAACUGGGCCUUCAUUUCCUGUCACAGGUCAGCCUCUUAUUUCAACAGCAUGGAAACUUCAAAUAACUGAAUAAAGUUGGUUUACAGUA